AUGAGCGAAACUGUAACUGUUACUAACUCCACCGACGCAGUGGUGCCAGCCGUGUGGUCAUGGAUACCGAUCACUUGGCAAUGGUGGGAUGUCAUUCAGUUGAUCCUAGCCAUCGCUGGCAUCAUCGGAAACUCCCUGGUGAUGUUGGUAAUUUUCCGUGUUAAGAGAAAGCUUUGCUCCACCGAUACCCUGAUUGCUGGAUUGGCUCUGGCCGACUUCUUGACGUCGGUGUUCAUCAUUCCUCACGCUCAAGUAAAGACGCUUCCAGACACCAUAGCAGCGCAGCUCUACUGUCGGAUCAUCCAAUCCAAUUCCCUCAUGUGGACAUCCAUCUGCGCAUCUAUCUUUACCCUCACCACCAUCUCAAUCGAAAGGCUCAUGGCUGUGAGGUACCCUUUUCAAUUCCAGCGUUUCUUUUCCUCCAGAUCAACCUCCCUCGCAAUCGGUGGCAUUUGGCUAAUCUCCUUCGUCAUCAACACCGUCAGUUUCUACGUCCACUACAUCUUUGAAGGAAAAUGUGCUUUUGGCUUCUCGACGCCAUCUUUCCAGAAGUUCAUCGGAGUCUUCUACUUCAUCGCAGAGUACUUGGUACCCGUAUCAGUCAUGAUCCUAGCCCACGUCUUCACCAUCCGAACCCUUCGUGAGCGCGCCCAGGUGAAGCCUUACUCCGCCGAAAACCAGAGCCAGCGACCGAAUAAACAUUUCCUGCGGGCCCGACGUCGCGUCGUCGAAAUGCUCUUUAUAGUUGUCGUCAUCUUCAUCAUCUGCUGGACGCCUGAUCAGUUUGGCUUCCUCGCUUUCACCGUCGGUAUCAUCGACUUCUCGCACUUCAACAGCCCCCUCUACCGCUCCUUCGUAGUCCUUGCUUUUGUCAACUCCUGUGCGAACCCUAUCAUCUACGCCGCCAGGAACCCUAACUUCAGACAGGCUCUUAAAGAACUCUUUAGGAACGUACCGUCUAUCAGACUUCAAUCUGUCUUUGCGGCCAUAUACGAGACUAGCAACGUCUCUACUGAUACAAGUGCCACUAAACUAUCCUCUGUUGACAAGUAA